UAAUAAACAGAAAAGGAGAAAGCAACUGAUAAAAAAAAAUUGCCAAUCGGCUGACCAGCUGAAAAACGUGUGCUAGACUCUUUUGCCUUUUGCGAUAGAUAAUGGCAACGAUGACGAUUGGCAGUAAAUUUUCUGUUUGCACACAAUUAUACACAGUGUCUUUCACAACAUCGAAAAAUCAUUUGAAACAUUCUAAUCUAUUGGUUAACGUUUAAGUAUAUGUAUACACGCGGAGUAAAAAACUCGCUCAAUAUCGUGCAUGUAAACAAAUUGGACAGAAUCAACAGAACAUUUAUACACAAAACAACAACAAAUAUUAUAUCAAAUCAUUGUGCUGAUAGCCAAUUGAUAGUGAAUAAACUUUGAUUUCAAAUCUUCCAUGCGAGCAAAAAUAAAAACAUUUCAACCGAAUUUACCGCUUCCAAUAAUAGAUGCAUUAAAGUAUAAAUGCGUAUGCAUGAGACGCACUCAUUUUUCUGUGGUCUAAAUGACGUUUCGCUCAUCAAUGACAACUUGAAUUUUUAUAUUUCGUAAACAACACAUUGGAAAUUAGAUUCGGGAUAUUUCCAUUUCGAUAUUGGCCCAAAGCAAAUGGUUUUUCCCCCGUGAUGUAAGUAAGGAAUAAUAUAGCUAAAACAAUGUCUAGACCCGUUUCGUAUAUUUCGUGGGCUCAACGAAAACAUCUGCUGGUUGAGCACUUUCAAAAAUCAUGGUUGAUUGUCAUCUUUGGUCUGAUUCUUUUCGUUGCCGGCUUUUUUGUGUUGAAUAUAAAUGAGCGACGAACGGCCCGUAAAAUUGUAUCAUUAGAUGAGGCAUUAUCGAAUGUAAAAAGUGUGAGAGUUGAUGAAAACCAAUUGAAAGCAAAAAGUGGCCAACUUCUUCACAUUGUUGCACGAUUAUACACAGACGAACCGCUCACCGAACCCGAUUAUAACAUCCAAGUGCAGGCGGUCAAACUGAAGCGGCGCGUUCAAAUGUACCAAUGGAUUGAAGAAUCAGUAGAUCCGGGCUUUGGUCAGAGUAUACAUACGAUUGACAGCAAUGAUAAAACCUAUUAUUAUACACAAGAUUGGAGAGACGAUUUGGUUGAUUCGUCAUUGUUUCACAUGCGAAUGGGCCAUGAAAAUCCAAAACAAUUUCCAAUAAAAAAUCGCAUUCAAACGGCCAAUCAUGUGUUUAUCGGUAAUUAUGAGCUGGGCCCAGAUGCAAAAUCAAAAAUCAAUGACUACAUCGAAAUAACGUCAGAUACUCGACCAGAAGAUCCAUCGGUUAAAUUGCACUCAGGUCUCUAUUAUCAUUGUUACAAUGUAUUUAAUCCAGAAAUUGGUGACAUUCGUUUGCAAUUCUUGACAGCUGGAAUUGAAGGAAAUUUUUACACAAUCAUAGCUCAAUAUGAUGAUGGUUUGCUGGUGCCAUUCGUAUCUAGUAUUAAUUCAACGGUACUAAUUUUAAUACCUGGUCGUCAUACCAUCGAAGAAUCAUUUGAUGCGGCACAUUACGAACGAAAAUUACAUGCAUGGGCACUCCGGUUCAUCGGUUGGGUGCUGAUAUUUUUCUCAACGAUAUGCACAUCGGAAUUGUUAACGGUGUUCUUGGGCGAUAUUCGUUUAUUUGCUAUUAUUUUACCAAAUCCAGAACAACCACUUUAUGGCAAUGUAUUGCUGUCAUUUUCGUUGGCCAUCAUUUUGAUUGCACUUUGUUGGUUAGUACUACGACCAUGGUUAGCAUUUGGAAUGUUAUUUGCGGCCAUAUCACCGUUUAUAUUUUGUGCACGAAACAUUGUUCAUAGUUACCACCGAUUAGCCACUCAAAUUGAUUGAAAACAAUAGCAAAUAGUUACUUAACGAAACGCAAAAACUGAAUAUUAGAACAAAUUAAUUUAUUACUAGGAUAAAGAAGGAUUUUUUAAAAGAACGAAUGCUCAUCUAGUCUGUAGAAAUUCGGUUUCAAAAGAGUGAACAAUAAGAAUGUAAACCAUUUUAAAAUGAAAUAUAGAAAAUAUAAUGAAAAAUCACAUUUGA